GCCCGCCCCACCCGCUGGCCCGCGGGGCCGCCCUCCUAUCCCGCCGUCUGUCAGGUGCGAGGGGAGCGGGGAGGAGGUGUCUGACACUGCCCACUCAUCCCUGCGAACCAAAAUGGCGAACUUCACGCCAGUCAAUGGCAGCGCUGGCAACCAGUCUGUGCGCCUCGUCACAUCAGCCCAUAACCGCUAUGAGACGGUGGAAAUGGUAUUCAUCGCCACGGUGACAGGCUCGCUGAGCCUGGUGACUGUCGUGGGCAACAUCUUGGUGAUGCUGUCCAUCAAGGUCAACAGGCAGCUGCAGACAGUCAACAACUACUUCCUCUUCAGCCUGGCAUGUGCUGAUCUCAUCAUAGGCGCUUUCUCCAUGAACCUCUACACCGUGUACAUCAUCAAGGGCUACUGGCCUCUGGGCGCCGUGGUCUGUGACCUGUGGCUGGCCCUGGACUAUGUGGUGAGCAAUGCCUCUGUCAUGAACCUUCUCAUUAUCAGUUUUGAUCGGUACUUCUGCGUCACCAAGCCCCUCACCUACCCAGCCCGGCGCACCACCAAGAUGGCAGGCCUCAUGAUCGCUGCUGCCUGGGUCCUGUCUUUUGUGCUGUGGGCGCCUGCCAUCUUGUUCUGGCAAUUUGUGGUGGGCAAGCGGACAGUGCCAGACAAUCAGUGCUUCAUCCAGUUCCUGUCCAACCCGGCGGUGACCUUUGGCACGGCCAUCGCUGCCUUCUAUCUGCCCGUGGUCAUCAUGACGGUGCUCUAUAUUCACAUCUCCCUGGCCAGUCGCAGCCGAGUUCACAAGCACCGGCCCGAAGGCCCUAAGGAGAAGAAGGCCAAGACUCUGGCCUUUCUCAAGAGCCCCCUCAUGAAGCAAAGUGUCAAGAAACCCCCGCCGGGAGAAGCUGCUCGAGAGGAGCUGCGCAACGGGAAGCUAGAGGAGGCCCCUCCACCCGUCUUGCCACCCCCACCGCGCCCGAUGGCCGACAAGGACACUUCCAAUGAGUCCAGCUCAGGCAGUGCCACCCAGAACACCAAGGAACGACCACUCACGGAGCUGUCAACCACAGAGGCCACCACGCCUGCCAUGCCCGCCCCUCCCCUACAGCCACGGGCCCUCAACCCGGCCUCCAAAUGGUCCAAGAUUCAGAUUGUGACGAAGCAGACAGGCAAUGAGUGUGUAACAGCCAUCGAGAUUGUGCCCGCCACGCCAGCUGGUAUGCGUCCGGCAGCCAAUGUGGCCCGCAAAUUUGCCAGCAUCGCCCGGAACCAGGUGCGCAAGAAGCGGCAGAUGGCAGCCCGGGAACGCAAGGUGACACGGACCAUCUUUGCCAUUCUGUUGGCCUUCAUCCUCACCUGGACGCCCUACAACGUCAUGGUCCUGGUGAACACCUUCUGCCAGAGCUGCAUCCCUGACACAGUGUGGUCCAUUGGCUACUGGCUCUGCUAUGUCAACAGUACCAUCAACCCUGCCUGCUAUGCCCUCUGCAAUGCCACCUUCAAAAAAACCUUCAGGCACCUGCUGCUAUGCCAGUAUCGGAACAUUGGCACUGCCAGGUAGGCAGGCAGGAGUGCCAUAGGAGGUGCUGGUGGUCGCAUGUGUGUACUGGGGGACCACAUGGCUCAGCUGCAGUGGGGGUGAGAUUUGGAAGCUCCUCUCCGUGUUCGUGUUUGCUGAAGAGGAGAACUGAGGUUCCCAAGACGCUGUGAGACUCAGGAAAAGGCUCUGGCUGGAUUCAGACAGACCAGAUCUCUGUUCAGGCCGAGGAGGGUCAGCCCCAGAUGUCUGAUCCGGGACUGCCUGACCCAUCUCUGUUGUCCUGCCUCAGGGAGCUGGGGAGCACUGGCCUAUGUGGGCACCUGCCCCACUAUGACCAAAUAGUGUGGCUGAAAGAAGGGACAUCUGGAGGGGAGCAGGAGCCCAGGACCCCCUUGGGAGGAGCAGAGGCCAGCGCUUGGGAAAGAAGGCUGGGGAAGGGAAGGGAAGAGUAGGGUCCCUCAUUCUGUUAUAAUCGGUGCUUUCUGCCCCCUGCACCCCGCAUGUAGACUCAGCCCUCUCUUCCCAAAUCCCACAUCAGGGGUAGAAAUCUCCCCUUGCUGCAGCUACUCAGCCAGGUUCUGGUUGGAUGGGUGGGUGGGCUGACUAUGGGCCAGGCAGAGUGGGCUCUGAGGCAAUCUUGCUCCCCGCUCCAGCACAGUCCUGGUCAGGUUCAGGAUGGGCCAGCUGAAAGGUCAGGGAUUCUGGGAUUCACUGAGGAACUGAGGUCUGGCAUCCUGUGGUCUCAGUCUGAGCAAGGAAUGGCCCAAAUGCUUCUGAAGAGCCCUCCCCUCUCCCCAAGAAGAGGGCUUGUCUCAGGUGGCACAUAGGGAAGGUGGGGCAGUGGUGGGCAGUGUUCCCCACUGGGCUCUGCAGUUUGAAGGAGGCCUCGGUAACCAGAGAAUAGAAUGGACUUUACCCACACUUUAGUACCAAUGGGGAUAUGGGUUGUAAGGCUGGCAAGCAACCGCCAUCCCUGCCCCGCGGGUGGAUAGAGCCUUCCUGAUUGGCACUGGGUUGGACGGAUAAAGACCUUUGCCUGGGUGAGGCUGAGAUGGGAGUGUCAGCUCUAGUGAGUUUUCUGGGUUCCCUCCUCCAGCUCUGGUGUGCCCCGCCCUCCUGCCCAGAGAAACCAAGACUGAAAGGCUCAGGGGACUUGAUGGGGGCACCCUUUCAUGCAUGGGUCAGCAGAGGGCCCUGGAAGAAAUUUUCUUAACUGUUUAGCUUUUUCCAUGAGCUUUCCAUGAGCUCUGGGGAGCAUCAAGCCUCCAAGAAAGUCACCGUUCUCUCGAACCUUCUCUUCCCACUACGUCCUCCCCCCCCUCAACAAGUUACCACAGCAAACUCCCCCGGAAGGGGCUUUUAUAUAUUAAAAAAAAAAAGCUUUUAUUGGGAAAAAAAAAGA